AUGGCGCCGAUGGGAAGGGAGAGUGGCCAGAGUGUCACCAGGCGUGGAAUCUGUACGUCCUUCAAUAGCAUCAAAGGUCACUCAGUCCCUGCCCUGAUUGGGUCUGGGCCUCAAAGGUCACUCAGUCCCUGCCCUGAUUGGGUCUGGGCCUCAAAGGUCACUCAGUCCCUGCCCUGGUUGGGUCUGGGCCUCAAAGGUCACUCAGUCCCUGCCCUGGUUGGGUCUGGGCCUCAAAGGUCACUCAGUCCCUGCCCUGGUUGGGUCUGGGCCUCAAAGGUCACUCAGUCCCUGCCCUGGUUGGGUCUGGGCCUCAAAGGUCACUCAGUCCCUGCCCUGGUUGGGUCUGGGCCUCAAAGGUCACUCAGUCCCUGCCCUGGUUGGGUCUGGGCCACAAAGGUCACUCAGUCCCUGCCCUGGUUGGGUCUGGGCCACAAAGGUCACUCAGUCCCUGCCCUGGUUGGGUCUGGGCCACAAAGGUCACUCAGUCCCUGCCCUGGUUGGGUCUGGGCCUCAAAGGUCACUCAGUCCCUGCCCUGGUUGGGUCUGGGCCUCAAAGGUCACUCAGUCCCUGCCCUGGUUGGGUCUGGGCCUCAAAGGUCACUCAGUCCCUGCCCUGGUUGGGUCUGGGCCUCAAAGGUCACUCAGUCCCUGCCCUGGUUGGGUCUGGGCCUCAAAGGUCAUUCAGUCCCUGCCCUGGUUGGGUUUGGGCCUCAAAGGUUACUCAGUCCCUGCCCUGGUUGGGUUUGGGCCUCAAAGAUCACUCAGUCCCUGCACUGGUUGGGUUUGGGCCUCAAAGGUCACUCAGUUCCUGCCCUGGUUGGGUUUGGGCAUCAAAGGUCACUCAGUCCCUGCCCUGGUUGGGUUUGGGCCUCAAAGGUCACUCAGUCCCUGCCCUGGUUGGGUUUGGGCAUCAAAGGUCACUCAGUCCCUGCCCUGGUUGGGUUUGGGCAUCAAAGGUCACUCAGUCCCUGCCCUGGUUGGGUUUGGGCCUCGAAGGUCACUCAGUCCCUGCCCUGGUUGGGUUUGGGCCUCAAAGGUCACUCAGUCCCUGCCCUGGUUGGGUUUGUUAAUUUCAUGUGACUGAAAGAUGAGGGGAAUACAAUGAUCCCUGACGAAAAGCCCAUGAUCAUUAUUUGGCUCUGGGGAUGUACUGUACAUCUGCAUCACAGCUCAGUGAUAGCUGAAAGUGGAUUAGGGUUAAUGUACUUCUGCAUCACAGCUCAGUGAUAGCCGAAAGUGGAUUAAGUUUAUACUCCUCACCUACUCAAAGUCCAUAAAUAUCAUGUCAGUGUCUCAUUAAAUCCACUCCUGGAACUUUUGCUGUCAGACAACCUGUUUAAACUGUACGCUGGUCUGACGACUUCCUCUCUCUUCAGAGCUAUAAUAAAAACAUGUGGAAAGGCUGCUAGAGUCCUACUGGAGUCCUACUGGAGUCCUACUGGAGUCCUGCUGGAGUCCUACUGGAGUCCUGCUGGAGUCCUACUGGAGUCCUACUGGAGUCCUGCUGGAGUCCUACUGGAGUCCUACUGGAGUCCUGCUGGAGUCCUACUGGAGUCCUACUGGAGUCCUGCUGGAGUCCUACUGGAGUCCUGCUGGAGUCCUGCUGGAGUCCUACUGGAGUCCUACUGGAGUCCUGCUGGAGUCCUACUGGAGUCCUGCUGGAGUCCUACUGGAGUCCUACUGGAGUCCUACUGGAGUCCUGCUGGAGUCCUACUGGAGUCCUACUGGAGUCCUGCUAGAGUCCUACUGGAGUCCUACUGGAGUCCUGCUGGAGUCCUACUGGAGUCCUACUGGAGUCCUGCUGGAGUCCUACUGGAGUCCUCUCUCUUAAUGGUCCUUGGUAAGCUUUAAAGACAAGCAAUUCCGUUGUAGUUCUUUCUCCGUUUAGAAGAAGAAUACUUUAUUGUCCAUUUAUUAUCUUUACGGUCCACGGAAAUUGACAGUUGUAGUUCUCUUGUGAGCUGAAGAAAUCAGCUUUAAAGAGUCAACUUAUUGUCCGAUACAGUUCAUCUUAGCUUUUUUUUUCUUUUUCUGAAAAAUGUAACACCUGUUUUGAUGUCACCACCAUGUCUGGGGAAGCCGUAGUCCACUGCUGUCUCCUCUCCUGUUUCUUUACGUUAUAAUCUAAUGUCCUUUUAUCCAGUCAGACGAGUCACUAACCCAGCUGCCUGCGACUGAUAGUACGGGCACAGAGAGAGCGAGGGAUGGGUUUGGAAAAAAAAAGUCACCAUUCUGUCCAGCCCACUUAACACAUUCAUACAGCCAGCUGCACAGACAGGCAGUUCAGGUUUCACUCACCCCUCUCUCUCUUGGUCAAUACAAAACAAUCUUCUCUCUCCUUGAGCUGACGGAUGAUUUAUCGAAACGAAGCCCAAUAUUAUUUAUAGAAACAGGAGCCCAGUAUCCGUUAUAGAAAAAAGACUCAUUCUCCUUGAUAGUAGGCAAGUAACCUCCAACCAAAACCUCCAGAAUCUUCCGUCCUCCCGUCUUCUCGUCCGAUCACACAGGGAGGAGUCUUUAGAAAAUAUAAGCCGCACACUCUGUGGGAAUAAACUUAAUUAAUAAUCGAGUCCAUCGUCAGGGUUUCAUCUGAGACACCGGUGUCCAAAAGGAAAGUUGUAAAACUAGUUGAGUAUUUUCCUCUGCUCAGGUCGUCUGUAGUAUGCUACAGUUUAGGAUGAUGAUAUGCUGUAGUAUCCAGUGAAGCAUCUAUGAUAGGACAGGUUGUCUGUAGUAUCCAGUGAAACAUCUAUGAUAGGACAGGUUGCUGUAGUACCCAGUGAGAAGACUGGAGGGUUGUGACUUCGUCUCUGUGUGGCUGCUCUGCGUUGUGUCGUGUGUGGAGCUUCUUCUGGUCCCACCGCUACUCUCUCUCUCUCUCUCUCUCUCUCUCUCUCUCUCUCUCUCUCUCUCUCUCUCUCUCUCUCUCUCUCUUGCCGUCUUUCACUCUCUCUCUCUCUCUCUCUCGCUCUCUCAUUUAAUCCUCCC